CUUUCUCACUCAGUCUUCCAGACCUCCCUCUUUCCCUUUCUUUCAUACUCCCUGCUCUCCAGAGUUUCAUUCUGACUGGUCUGUGUCUGUCAGUGGUGAAUAUUUCUGCCUCCUGCCUUCUCCGUGUCACAUUCCAGCUUCUAGGGCACAGCGUCCUCCUGACAUGGGUUAUAAAGAGAAGCACAGCUCUAGUAUGCAUCUGCACUCGGCGCUAUGACCACCUUUUGCCAUCAGUGAAUUUUUUGAAUUGUUUUGAAUAGGCAAACAGACACUCCAGGAGAGUUUACCUUCCCUUCUUUGAGACCUUUUGGACUUGUAUGGAUUCUCAUUUGUACAGAAAGCUCACUUAUGCACAGUGGAAUACUCAAAUGAAACGGCUUCAGCUCAGAUGUGUGCAUGGACAGAAUACAAUGGUGUGACCUUAAAGUUCACAGAUGGACCACUAUGUAUCGACACACUCCAGUACCACACAAUAACUGAUCCAUAGUCUGUUCGUGUAUGAAAUGGUUACAGCUUUCCUCAAUGAAAGGCAAGCCACUACCGAGGAGAUGGCUUUAGUGAGCAAUGCACUGGCUGCUUACUCCUUCAUAGCAGAUCACCCGGAACGGGCGGCACUGUAUUUUGUGUGUGGAGUGUGUUUGGGACUGGUUCUCACUCUCAUCGCGUUAGUGGUGCAGAUCUCCUGUCGAACCGACUGCAAAAAGGAGCAAGCGCCCAGAAAAACAGGUAAGACUAUGGAGAGCACCAGUGACACGAGCGACAGCGAUUCAGACUGGGACAAUGCCUCCGACCUGUCAGCACGCCGCCACCGGCGCUUUGAACGGACGCUCGGUAACGUGUUUACCUCCGCCGAAGAGCUGGAGCGCGCACAGAGAUUGGAAGAACGUGAGCGGAUUAUACGGGAGAUCUGGAUGAACGGACAGCCUGACAUGCCGGGCACACGCAGCCUGAACCGCUACUAUUGAACUCGUUGCAGGAUACAACAUAGGGAUACAAUUGCUAUUACACUUUUUUGGGGAUACAGUAAGGGACUGGGACAUGAGGGUCGCCAACAUUUACAAGACGUCUAGGAACAUCUCUUCUGGUGGCACUGGCACUCGUGUUUUCAGGUGCACUAUGUUGCGCUGUUAUACUGACCAUACUGACGCCUAGUGGCGUGGAUGAAAGAUGAAAAAACAUUCAAAAGUAAUGUUUUUAGUUACUGAUGACAAUGAAAAAAAUUCCACACUUGGUAAUGAGAAAUUAGGAUAGAGAAUUUGGUAAUUACCCAUUUAUGGUUUGAAGUAUUCAAAUAAUAAUCAUGUGAUAUUAUUUUAAAACUUUUCAAAUAACAAGCAGGCAUUAUAAUUAUUUUAACACAAUAAAAAUACAUCCAAGGCGCAUACAUUGAUAAAAAAAUAUAUAGUUUUAAAUGCCACAAACCUUGAGCAACUUCAACAAAUCUACAUUUUGCCCUGCUCCAAGAAAAAAUGAACAGAUAAUAAUGAGGGAAAUUACCGAGUGCACAUUUUAAUGAAAACUCGUUUUAAUGAAUAAUUCACCAUGAAAUAUAAAAGAGGUGGGGGAAAAAUAAUAUGCUUGAGCUUUGACAAUGCUUGCCUUGAAAUACUGUAUUUCUAAUUGUAAUGAAUUGUGUCUGAAAUUAGUUGUAGUCACUGUAACAAUUUGACAAUUCAGACAGAUCUUAACCUUUAGUUGGCUGUAAUAUUAUUUUUUUAUUUAAACAAAAUGACUUUCUGUUACAAACACUUUUAAUAUACGAAAGCUUUGUCUUGGAUCUCAGGGUUUUCAUGACCUCUGUGAAGGAUUUCUUCUCAUUUGUGAGAUAUUUUGUCAACUGACAAAACAAAAUGAUUGUCUAAGCCUUCAUUUUCGAAAGAAAUCGCUGUAAAAAUAAAAUGAUAUUAAGGUGGAGGACUUAUAGACAUCAUAAUCUCUCAUUUUUACAGUGUAGGAUUUUUCAAGCAGGUAUUAAUUGCAUGGAAGGCAAUCACCUCUAUUUGUAUUAUUUUUCACAGGAAUCAGGAGGAUAGUAUGAAUUUUCAACAUGGUGCUAUAGUUAAAAUCCAUCCAUGCAUGAGCACAGUUGAGCAGUAUGGUCCAGAAAUGUCAGAUACGUCCUCAAAUAUGUCCCUGUCCUUAUUUUACCCAUUGGUGUUCAACACAUGCAACAUUUUAAUAAUGUAACAAAGAGGCUCGCCUCAUUCUACACUGAUUUAGUAUGCGUUUCAAAAAUAUUUUAAUUUCAUAUACUUCAUAUUAGAAAAUUAUUUUGUGAGGAAUUUACAUCUGGUUGUCUUUUUUUUUUCAUUGUUGUUUUUAAUGUGUUUGAGGGGGAGUAAUGUGCCAAAAGUUUGUCUGUGGAUCCAGUCAAUACUUUCCAUAAAAUAAAAACCGAAGCUUUUAAAGCGA